UUGUUUUUAGUCGUCAGUACCUUCCAAUAUGUUUUAUAUAUCUGCUGAUAUAUAUGUAUAUACAUUAAUAAAUUACCGUAUUGACUAUUACGUAAAAUCUACCUAUUUAACGUGCUGUAAAUUUCUGCAAUAACCUGCAAUAACCUGCUUCUGCAGGACAAAAUAAACAAAUUAUAGCAGCGACAUGCACUCACAUGUCAAAUCGAUGACUGUGUCGAAGUUGUUUUGGUAUUGAACGGCAUAAGUUCAUAAUCGCAACGUACUGAGUUAACUAUUGUACACAUUUAAUUUAUAAAUUGUUUUAUACAAUGAAUACAGAAAUGCUUAUUGAACUAGUUCGCGAACGAUCAUCACUAUACGAUAUGAGUGAUAAAAAAUAUAGUGACCAUCCUUAUAAAGAAUCGCUGUGGAGAGAAAUUGCCAGUGAAAUCAAUCAACCAGUUCAAAAUUGCAAAAAAAUUUGGACUAGUCUGAGAGAUGGGUACAGAAGAGCUGCUAAAAAAUCUAUUACAGUGUCAGGACAAAAAACAAAAUUUGUAAAAAAAUGGAAAUAUGCGGAUGAAAUGGAAUUUUUAAAACCUCAUAUGAAGGAAAGGGAUUCCAUAAGUAACAUAGAUGUGGUAACUGACGACGAAGAUGACGUUCUAUCUCAUUCAGAUGAUGAGGAAAUUCAAGUCGGAGGUGAGAAUUCUGUCUCGUUUGAAAAUGCAGUACAAAACGUAGAAACAUCAUUUAGUACACCCGCUCCAGUGCAACCACGACAAAAAAAAUGUAAAAAAACGAGCUCAUUGAAACCACCCGAAACUGCAUCAUCCACUCUCAUGAAAUAUAUCAUUGAACAAAAAAAUUCUGAACAAUCAUACCCAACAACAAGCAAGUUAGAUGCUAUGGACCAAUUUUUUUUGUCAAUGUGUUCGACGGUCAAACAGUUCUCACCGUACUUUCAACACAUUGCAAAAACUAAAAUUUUUCAUAUUAUAUCAGAACUAGAGUUAGAACAACUGAGACAAAAUCAACCACAAACACAAUCAACUAUUUCUAAUCAGGACUCAUUACAACAUCCAUCACAAGUACAAACACAAACCGUUCCUACCUUACUUCAAUUAAAUCAUUUGCCAAGUUUUCAACACCCUCGACCACAAACCACAAAUCACACAGAAAAUCCAGAUCAUUCAAAUAUCACCGACAGUGCAAGUCCAAGUCAGUUCAAUAUGUUCGAUUAUCCUACAAAUGGUAAUUAUUACUACCCAAAAUCUAGUGAUUAGAUUAGUAUGUAACUUUUCUUUAUUAUUUUCUUACAAUUUUGAGUUAUUUUGCAGUUAUAUUAUUUAUUUUUAA